AGUCCGCGCGCUCCAGCGCGAGCUGUAGGCGGAAUCGCUCGCGCUCUACUUUAUGAAUGGAUGGGAGUGGCGCUGUGGUGUCAGUGUCAGUGUCGUCACGCUGUUAAUAGGCGCUGGCGUUCGUCAGUGGACUUGACAGGACAGCAAGUGGACAGCAUACGACAGCAGCCAGAGCGGGCAUUAGGGGCAAAAGGCGACUCGAGGCGAUAGGGUGAGCACGCGACUGUGACAGACAGGGGCAGCUCACAUGUUACAGGGUGGGAGGAUGGGUUAGGGGAGACAAAGGAAUCGCAGGCGUGUAGUUUUUUGACCGCCCAUAGACAACUUGGACACAUUUCCGGACUGCAUAAUAAAAAGUUACAUUCCCUGUUAUCGCGCUGAUGGUCUCGCAUGAUUCACACAGCGACGUUUUGAUUCGCGCGAUUCAUUUUAUCCCCAAACCAGCUGAAAGACCUGCUUUGUUUGGUCAUUUUUGGGGGGUUUGUGGUAUACGUUGCUAUCCCGAACUGCAUUCCGUUAGAGUUGUGGCAAAGCAGAGAGAUAAUUGUAUCAAUCUCUUUUCAAAGGCGUGACAGAAGCAAAAGGGCGAGACAGAAAACUCGCAUCAGCACCACGCGAGCACACUUCGUCUGCUCUGUUUGGAAGAGACUCCGAACCGAAGCCCGUCUUUACAGGAUCUCAGAACUAUUGGUCUUCAUCUGCUGUCCCUCCCAAGAGUUUUGAGCUGUCCCAGCUCAAUGACUAACUCCUUUUUCUUUUAUCUUUAUGGAAGAAGGACACAAAACCGUAUGGUUUUGUAAGUAGAAGGCAGUGAGCACUUUACUGACGCGCAUAACCCGAAAGAUUCACGAGGCGAAAUCACAUCAAAGGGCCCUCUCCAUGGAUAUAGACACAGAUUAUGAGCGACCUAAUGUGGAGACCAUAAAGUGUGUGGUGGUGGGUGAUAAUGCGGUGGGCAAGACCCGACUGAUCUGUGCCCGUGCCUGCAAUGCCACCCUUACUCAGUACCAGCUGCUUGCCACCCACGUGCCAACUGUCUGGGCCAUCGACCAAUACCGUGUGUGCCAGGAGGUGCUGGAGAGGUCACGAGACGUGGUGGACGAGGUCAGUGUCUCCCUCAGGCUGUGGGACACAUUUGGAGAUCAUCACAAAGACAGACGCUUCGCUUAUGGCAGAUCAGAUGUAGUAGUGCUGUGCUUCUCUUUGGCCAAUCCGAACUCCCUGCGCCAUGUCCGCACCAUGUGGUUCCCUGAGAUUAAGCACUUCUGCCCCCGCACCCCGAUCAUCCUGGUGGGCUGCCAGCUGGACCUUCGCUAUGCUGAUCUGGACGCUGUUAACCGGGCUCGCCGGCCUCUGGCCAAAACCAUCAAACCCACAGACAUCCUUCCUCCAGAACGAGGCCACGAGGUUGCUAAGGAACUCGGCAUUCCAUACUACGAAACAAGUAUUGUCGCUCAGUUUGGUGUAAAGGAUGUGUUUGACAAUGCUAUCCGUGCUGCACUCAUCUCUCGACGCCACCUUCAGUUCUGGAAGUCCCAUCUAAAAAAGGUUCAGCGUCCCCUACUCCAGGCACCGUUCCUCCCUCCCAGACCACCACGACCUAUGGUGGGCAUCCCUGAUCCUCCUCCCAUGGAUGGAGAAGGUCCAGACUCUCUUUUCUGCCAGCCAUUGUGUGCAGAUGUCCUGUUUCUACUCCAGGCUGGGACCACUUGUGUCUUUGCCCAUAAGGUGUACCUGGCCACUUCCUGCUCAAAGUUCUAUGACCUUUUCACUAUGGAUCUUGGAGCGGUAGGGAUGGAGAAGGAGGGUGAGGAAAGCUCAGAGGGGAGUGAAGAAGAGGAGCAGAGCCGAAGAGGAGCCAAAGAACAGGCUGGGCGUACCAAGAGCCUGGACAUUGAUAAGGAGGGUGAAGGGGGCACCAGGGGUUCCAAUAGGCUGCUCAUGUUGCAGCAGGGCUCACUGAGGACUUCACAGAGCGAUAACGCUCUGCCUGCCAGUGGCCAAUGCUCUAUGGGACCCCUGGGAGCAGGCCGUGCUCUUUUGGGAUGGGGGCGUGGUUUCUUGGGGGUGUACUUGGAAACCGUGGAUGACCCUGUGACAGGUCGGCCGAGACUCAUGACAGUUGUGUCAAUGGAUGAUCUCAUUCAGAAAGGGCCUUUCCAGGCAGUGCUGCAGUACCUUUAUACGGGUCACCUGGAUGAGACACGUGGGGACCUGAUGCAGGUGGCCACCAUCGCUGAGCUUCUGGAGGUCUUUGACCUGCGUAUGAUGGUGGCCAAUGUGCUGAACCGUGAGAGCUUCAUGAACCAGGAGAUCACCAAAGCCUUCCAUGUGCGUCGUGCCAACCGCAUCAAAGAGUGCCUGAGCAAGGGCACCUUUGCUGAUGUGGUGUUUAGAUUGGACGACCGAUAUCUGCCAGCCCAUAAGCCACUGCUCAUCUCAAGCUGUGAUUGGAUGGCAGCCAUGUUUCGUGGAUUCUUCAUGGAGAGCUACAUUGAGGAGGUCUCUAUCCCCAAGACCACUUGUGCCUGCAUGAGAGCCGUUCUGGAGUUUCUCUACUGUGGUGUGUUAACACCAUGUCCUGAACUGGAGCCAAUGGACCUUAUAAUACUAGCCAACCGCCUCUGUCUUCCUCGCCUUGUAGCUCUAACAGAGCAACAUGCUGUUGAGGAGCUAUUGCAGUUGUCCGUUAAAGGGGUGGACAUUGAUGGACAUGUGCUGGCCUAUCUGGAGAUGGCUCAGUUCCACAAUGCCAAACAGCUCUCUGCCUGGUGUCUGCAUCACAUCUGCACCAACUACAAUAGCGUUUGUCGAAAAUUCCCUAAAGACAUGAAGACUAUGUCUCCUGAAAACCAGAAACAUUUUGAGAAGCAUCGCUGGCCCCCUGUGUGGUUCCUGAAGGAGGAAGACCGCUACCUCCGUUCUCAAAAAGAGCGAGAGCGCGAGGAGGAGAUCUUACGCAAGCAGCACACCAAACGGGGCUGGUUUUUCUGGAGACAUCCAUCCUCCUCAGCACCCCACAUUUCCUGAGGGUCUUCCUCCAUUCAUCCUUUCAACCCCCCCUUUACUCCUCACCCUCAUCUCAGUCCAGAGGCAUGUAGCCAAGCCUGGGGAGCCCUGUUUCUGUGCAUCUGUCCUGACUGCUGAAAGCGAGUCCGGGGUCCUCUUUGCCUCUGAGCUUUAGCCUUCCCUACCCACGCUGGGCCUUAGUGGACUGCCCGCCACGAGAGCUCAUAGCGUAUGUGUCAUUAAACAGGAGAAGGUUUGGAGGAAGUCUCAAAUCAUUCUCUUUUUCAAUGUUACAUGUUCUACUGUGCGAAUGCAACAGGUCUCGCCACAGCAUCACAUAGGGAACAGCAUCAUUGCAGUGACCUACUUUCGCCUCUUAAGACUGUUAUUAUUAUACAAGACCACACACACACACACUCACACCAGCACCCCAUCUGAGCGCUGGCGCCUGGGCACACGAAUGCUGCAUGGUGCUGCUGUGUUGAUCUUUUCUCUGUGAGACCUAUUUUUGGGAAAACCGUCAUGUUCAAUGCCUACAAGCUGAAACAUAGCUUAGCUUUGAAUACAACUAGCAACUAAAAUGGCGGCAGGGAUAUACAUAUAAAAGAAAUUGUUAAAAUAAAGGGGUUAUUGCCCCUGCCUUCAUGCUUCAUAAAAACAAUUCUCCAUUUUGGAUCUUCCAUUGCCCCAUAUUGGCUCAGAAUACCAAUUGUGUUGCUUAAAGAAGAAGUGUUUUUCAGAUUGCUUUUCCUGUUACUAAAUUUUGUUCAUGUUGUAGAACAGAAGGGGUGUGUAGUUCAGGUCUGUCACUCACUAAAAAACUCUAGGACAGCACCAAAGACAGACACUCAGACAGACAACUCAUUCAAACACAAACGCCUUACCAAAAUCUGCUGAAACAAAAACUUGACAGCAAGUAAACUAUGAAAUUAGGGCUAUUUUACCACUGCCAGGAGAGUAUUAGCAAUCACAGCUGUUAUUUGACAUUCUGUUGAUUGAGUUUUGUGAUUUGACCACUAGCAAGCUCCUCGACUUGCUUGCCUUUCACCUCCACCACUGGGGGGCGCCCAUGCCUUCUGAGUUUACCCUGCUUAAGUAUUAGCUACUCAUUUGUUUGUCAGUCCUGUUGCAGAUCUUCACACCCUUGUGAAAUGCACUUGUUUUUAUAGCACUACUUCAGCUCUUUGCUAUUGGCGAACCAAAAAGUAGGUUGCGAUGUUUCUUAUUCCUUCGCCGCUCCUCUCUGUUAUUCCUCUGCUCCUCUACCUCUGCAGUUAACCAAACUGAGGGAGAAACUAUCGAUCCAUUUCCUGUAGUGUUUGAUAUGUUGCAAUGUGAUGCUUCACUUUGCACUUUAGACUUGCAGAUAAAAUCGGUGCUCCGGAUUAACCUGCUAAAUGUCACAGCGUUCAACCACUCACCCAUCAUCUCCUUAAAGGGCGGUUUCACUAGACUUUGAGCCCUGCAACAGUCGUGAUACGAUGUCAUGCUCUGUGGUGUCAUUUUUUUUUUUAAACAUAGUACAAAGUAUUCAACAUAUAACAAAUAAUAAUAAAUCCAAAAUGUAAAAAUAUACAAUCUACUCUGCUUUCCUGCAAUGCUGCGGACCAGCAAAUUGAAAGUUUAUGAUUGUUUAAUUCCGCUAAGAUGACGAGCCAUGACGCUUUGGAACGCAGCGAAAUGUAAAACUUCCUUCGCACGAGCUUGCGUUUCCGGUUUCCAGCAUUUGCAUGCGUAUGAAUGGAAGUAAAUGGAAAGAAAAGUGUAGUGUGACCGCAGCUUUACACAAGUUUACCUGUUUUUAUCUUAAUAACAAAAUAUCCCAACAUAGGCUGUAAAUCAAAAGUGUAUCCUUCUAUUUUAAUUUAAUAGCUUUCGAUUUCAAGCUUUGUACUUUGAAACAGGUUUUGUGGUUAAACUGACAGUGAUAUGCUAACAUACCCACUCUCAGUUCCUUCUUUCAGAUGUGCAUGCGCUGUAGAGUGUUGUUAACAUUCGUUUGCUAGAGUCUUGUCCGGAAAACAUGAGUGCCUAUGACCAUUGUUACACUUUCCCUUCUAUAUUCAAGUAUUUCUCGGUGAAGCAUGUUUGUUUUGCCUGUUGCGUGCCUUUUAACAAAAGUGUUUUUAAUAGCUACUAUGGAGGUGAAUGAGAAAUCGGAGACAUUUUAAGUUUUCCAUGCCACCCUUUUUCUAUUUCUGGCUUUCUGACUUCACUUCCUCAAGGCUGCACCCUGCUUUUCACACCAGACGAGCUGAAAUCAUCAACAGCUACAAAAAUAGACAUGCAGAGCCCAUGUGCUCAGACAGGCCUUUCUGCACUCAAAUAAUAAAUAAAUGACAAAUAAGAGGGAAGCGGAGAGCAGACACUUGUCUGUAUGCUACCGUCUUGACAUUCACCUGUAGAGGCACUUUUAUAGGUUCAUCCCAUUAAGAUGCUUUAUUUAUAGGGGCAGACAAAUAAAUGAAUGUUUAUAGAUGCCACACUAUGCCUAAAGGCUCAAUAACUAGUAAAAUAACGAAUGUAUGACCUUGCUGUGUAUUUGCAGAUUGGCUCUGUGAUGAAUUAUGUACUUAAUCACAGCUCUCCUGUCUGAGUUAAAGACCAUCACCCCAGAUGAGCGAUUCGAGAACGCUACAAACAUCAGCAUGCUUGUUGGGAUGGAAAGCGUUGUUGCCGUGGUGAUUUCGGGCUUGUUAGCACUUUUUGUUUUUUGACUAUUUGCUUUUGCACUUUUAUUUUAGAUUUGGUCUGCCUUUGAUGUGCAUGGCACUGACUGUUUCUAAACUAUGGCUUUUUAAAACAUUUUGUAGCAUGGAAUGGUUUCUUCCAUUAAAACAGUGCUCCUUAUGGCCCUACAUAUUUUGUGCUUACAUUAAAAAAAAAAACCUAAUACUUACUAUGAGACUUUUAUGUUGGCUGCUCAAAUUCUUUGUACCUUGUGCUUUAAUCGAAUAUGUCUUCAUUAACUUAAAGGACAUGUGAUCCAUGUUUUUCUGUAGAAAUUAGGUGGUUUUGUAGAUUUCAAAUAAACAGUAUUAGAAAGGUCAAUUAGCCCUUAAAAGGAUCAUUCACCCCAAAUGCAAAUUCUGUCAUUUGCUCACCCUCAUGAUGUUUGAAAGGUGUAUGAAUUUAUUUCUUCUGCGGGACACAAAAGAAGUUAUUUUGAAGAAUGGUUCAGCAGUUUAGUCUAUAUAAUUAAAGUCAAUGGCAUCCAACUCAACUUUAUUGCAUGGACAAAAACAUUCUUCAGAAUAUCUUUUUUUAUGUUCCACAGAAGUAAAAAAGGUCAUACAAGUUUGAAAUGACAUGAGGGUGAGUAAAUGAUGACAGAAUGUUCAUGUUUGAAUGAACGAUUCAUUUAAAGUUAGAGAUUGGUUCAGGCUGUGAAUAACAACACGAAAGAUCCCUGCUAACAGUAUAACUGCUAGCUAAAUAUGCACUUUACCUUGAAAUUUGAUACAAAUGAUAUUCUUUGUGGAUUUUCUUUCAAUUUAACAGUAGUCUUUAGCAACAAAUUGUAAAGUAUUUAUCAGUGCACGUUUACAGGUAAGAUGUGCGUGGAAUGGUAUGUAAUUAUGAAUAACAGUAGCUUUCAUUACUAAGGAAUUAUCAUGCACUUUCGUCAUGUUGAAAAAAAAAGUUCAUCCAAAACCCUUACAAAACUUAUUGUUGUUCUAAAUGUUUAUCAUGUUCAUUAUAAAUGACACAUUGUGGUUGUAGUUCUAUUUAUUUAAUAACAGUACAGCAUUAGAAACCCAAUAUAAGAAACGCGAGAGCACUUGAGAAUUGUGGUCUAUUGUUGUGUUUAUUGCUGUGCCUUUAAUGGGGGGUGGGGGUCUGACUGAAGAGAGGUUUCUGCCUUUAGUUUUGAUGGAGGUAAUUGUAGUGCACUAACAAACACACACUACACCACACACUUCAGCUGACAGCCGGCAGACCACUGUAUUGCUCCUUCUGCAUGCCUGUGGCCAGCAUGUAGCAAUACCCUUUGUUUUUUGAGUGAUGGGAAAUAUAUUUUCAUGCUUUUCCCUCUUAACAUUUUGGGUGUUUUCAUCCCUCUUUGAUUGUGCUGAGCUGAGUGGAAACCUGUGCUUGUUGUGAACAGUGAUCAUACUUGUUGGGAUGAGAGUGAAUGUAAACACAUGCAUAUUAACGGAGAGUCAGAGGCACACUUGUGCCCUCUACAGUCAACUGAAGGUCAGGGGUUUAUUUUAUUUUAUUAUUUUAUUUUUUACAUGGCAAAGGGUAAUAUAAAUUGGUGUUUGACAGGGGAAAUGUUACACAACAUUCUUUUUGGAAUAUGACUUUGGUUUAGGUAUAUUUUUGUAAAAUACUAAUACCAGAGAGCAGUUAUUGCGGUGAUUUUUUUUAAUGUUAUUUUUUAUUUUUAUUUUUAAACUCUCAACAUUUGUAUUAAACUGGAAAGGUUUACCACAUCUUACUGCUUGUAAAAUUAACAAUCUGACCUCAGGUCAUAGACAGAGACCACUUCAAGCCCUUGUUAGUUUCUGUGUUUCAACAGAGGGGCUGUCCAACCAACUUCCUUUCUGAGCUUUGAAAUCCACCUUCAUCUACAUGAAAGAAAAGGGCCGUAUUAUUUUUCUGAACAACAUCUGUCAGUUAUAGUGGAGCACUUGUAUGCCCUUUGGUAAACCCUGUCCCCCUUUCCGCUUGUGGUGAGGUGAUCUGUUUAAAUGGUUCUUGCCAUUUUUUGUCCUCUUGAGGUGAGGUAUAGGUGUCACUGACUGCCGACCCUUCCCUUGACCUCUUUUCCUCUUUCGAAUUUAUAACUACUUAAAGCUGUUUUUUUUCUUAUUUUGAUAAUUGUUUCCGAUACUCGUUCUGUAAUAAUUUUUCUUGUUCUGAACUAGAAAAAGCACACACACACACACACACACACACACAUUACUAAGGGCUUUCAAAAUACAAAAUCAGAAUGU